AUGGAGCGGCCUUUGACGGCAAUUGACCAAAGCCAUCGUGAUGGGUAUCACCACAGCAGACCGGCCCCGGUCAACCCUGCGAAGCUCGCAGUCCUGCGGAAGAAGUACGAUGAGGAGGCUCAGAAGCGGCUGAUUCAGCAGGGCACGAAGUUUCAGCUGUCGGAGGCGAGGGAGCAGCGUCUACGGGAUCUGAGUCAACCAUGCGGCGUCGAUGCCGGCGGCGACUUUGAGACAGGCCACGUGCUGAGAGUCAAGUACGCACCGGGUGACGAGAUCCGGCAGCAGUUGGUGCGGGUGGUCGUGCAGUGGCAUCUGACCGACAAGAUGCCUCUUCUGAACAGACAAGGUAUCUUGACGCAGCCGCAAGUGCCCGACGUUCUGGGGCUGUUCUCGUUUGCAGGCUCGCUCUGGCACACGGCCCAGUGGAACUACGGGCUCUCAGGCUUCUCGCCAACAGAUGCACGCCUGACUAGGCUGCAGGACAAGCUCGUGGCCGUCGUUCCCGAGGUGGCCGUCGUGAGUGACCGAGCUGUACGUCGUGCAGCAGACGCCGCCGCAGAUGUUGCCACACGAUCAGAAGCCGACCAACCCGGUGUUUCGAACAACGGCCGUGACGGGGCCCGGCUGACAGCAUCUGCUCGCACACGUCGACAGCAUCGUAGCCGACCCGACGACAACCGUCAGGCUCAAGCCUUCAACCGGCCCAGCGUCCAGCUUGUCGACCCGGACGGCCGCGGGCUGCAGGCAGUGACGCCGGGCCAGGCCGCCUACAUCCGCGAGAUCCUCCUGCGCGCCCAGGGCGCCACCUGGUCCCAUGGGACCGUGUCGCGAAACGCCUACACGCAUCGUUGGAAGAACGCCGGCACCCCAAGUAUUGACCCGGAUAGAAGUGCGGCUGAAGCUUAG